AAACAAACCCGCUGUCUCUCUUUCUCUCUCCAAAGAGAAGAAAGCGCCAGAAAACAAAAGGGAAAAAGAAAGAGUGAGUGUUUGUGUUGUUGACUCUUUUGGAAGUGGGUUUUGAGAUUGUGGGAAUGGGCAUGAAUAAUGGCGAGGGAAGUGGAGGAGGGGCAUUGCAGAGGGUGCUUUACAUGUGGGGUUACCUUCCCGGAGCUCUGCCGCAGAGGACGCCGCUCUUGACUCCCGUCGCCGUUAGGUUUCCGCCAUGUAGUCACUCUUGGAAUGAUGUUUGCGGCGGUGGUUGUGGAUUCGCUAUUGCUAUCUCUGAAUCAGGGAAGCUCAUCACGUGGGGCUCGACAGAUGAUUUAGGCCAAAGCUAUGUGACUUCUGGCAAGCACGGGGAAACUCCAGAGCCUUUCCCUCUUCCAACCGAAGCAUCUAUUGUGAAAGCUGCAGCAGGGUGGGCUCAUUGUGUUGCUGUAACAGAACAUGGAGAAGUUUAUACAUGGGGAUGGAAAGAAUGUAUUCCCUCAGGGAGGGUAUUUGGUGAACCAUCGACAGGGGUAGGUCUUGAAAAGGAUGUGCCAGGAAGUCAUAGUCAAUUAUCAACAGAGCAAGUGAGCCCUCGUUCACAAGGCUCAAGAUCUACUGGAGGUACUGCCUCCAAUAACAGUGGAGAAGAAAGUACAAAGCGAAGGAGAGUAUCUGCAACAAAGCAAACAGCUGAAAGCUCAUCAUCCAGCGAUGAUAGUCUAACUGCGUUUCCGUGUCUUGUCACACUAAAUCCAGGAAUAAGGAUAGCUAGUGUUGCUGCCGGUGGACGCCAUACGCUUGCAUUGUCAGAUACAGGACUGGUGUGGGCUUGGGGUUAUGGAGGUGAAGGGCAGCUUGGUUUGGGUUCAAGAAUACGUAUGGUAUCCUCUCCUCAUCUCGUUCCAUGUAUUGAUUCCUCUUAUUAUGGUAAAGAUAGAUCUGCUACACUGGUUCGAGGAAGCAUGGGUUCAGAGGGACAGAGUUUUAGAGUUCCUGGAAGUUACAUAAAGAGAAUUGCCUGUGGAGGUCGACAUAGUGCAGUCAUUACAGAUGCUGGAGCCUUGCUUACUUUUGGUUGGGGACUCUAUGGACAGUGUGGGCAAGGAAGUACCGAUGAUGAACUAAGCCCAACUUGUGUAUCUUCCUUAUUGGGUAUCCACAUAGAGGGGGUUGCUGCAGGACUGUGGCAUACAGUCUGUACAUCUGCUGAUGGUGAUGUGUAUGCAUUUGGUGGUAAUCAGUUUGGACAGCUAGGAACUGGUGCCGAUCAAGCUGAGCAGACUCUACCAAGACUAGUGGAUUCUCCGAGUUUGGAAAAUAUUCAUGCAAAGAAUAUAUCGUGUGGUGCUCGUCACACUGCUUUGGUAACAGAGGGUGGAAGAGUUUUCUGCUGGGGAUGGAACAAAUAUGGACAGCUGGGCCUUGGGGACGUGGUUGACCGUAACGUUCCUUCUGAAGUCACCAUUGAAGGUUUUGUUCCUAAAAGUGUUGCUUGUGGUUGGUGGCAUACUCUUCUUCUGGCCGAGUCCCCCACCUGAUGUCAUGCUUUAUCGGAGUCUCUUCAUCAAAUUUUGUUAGUUAGAUUCGCGCUUCUUCUGAAAGGCAAUGGUUAAUGUACAUAAAGUAGUGGUAUACUACCCAUACACGUGUGUAUUGUUUCAUGGUGUGCGAUUUGUGAAUAACCAUGACUAGCUCUAGUAUUUAACACCAUUGAAAAGCGAUAAUCUGGCUUGGAAAGAAGUAUUCAGUCUUUCCACCUAUGUAACAUUCUUAACCAUUGUGUAUAUUAUAUUUUAUUGUAUAGACUAUUCAGUAUAGUUA